AUGGCGCCUCACGAUACCAAAAACGAGACGAGCGCUCACAUCGAGAUAGUUGAUGCGCACAAGAAAGCUGCGAGGCCAGUAGUUGGCACUAUCAGACUGUACGACGAGGAUGGCAUCGUAUUGAUCCCAACACCGAGCAGAGAUCCCAAUGAUCCUCUGAACCUUCCGAAAUGGCAGAAGUAUAUCAUUCUGAUCAUUGUCGGUCUCUACGCAGCCACUGGAAAUCUGAUGGCGAGCGGCAUCACCGCUAUUCUCCCCAUUGUGCAGACCUCCUACGGUGGAGACCCAAAGACUAGCGACCUCGCAACUUGGCCAGCAUUCUACAUGGGUGUCGGCAACCUCCUCGCGAUUCCUGUGGCCCAUGCUAUCGGUCGCCGGCCCGUAUACCUUUUGUCUACGAUCGUAUUAUCAUUCGGAUGUCUCUGGUGUGCCUACAGUGGUAGCUUAGCAUCGCAUAUCGCAGGCAGAGAUGUCAUGUCGAUUGCUGCCGGACAGGCCGAGGCGCUGUGCCCGAUCAUCGUGCAGGAGAUCUUCUACCUGCACGAAAGAGGACAUGUAAUUGCCUGGUUCUGCGCGCUCCAGACGCUUGGCACCGCAGCACUAAUCGUAGCAAGUUCCUACCUCGCCAACGAUCUAGGCUGGAGGUGGUGGUAUGGCGUUUUUGGUUGUUUGAGCGGGGCCAUAGCCGUUCUUAGCAUCAUCAUUGUCGCUGAGACCAAGUACGAGCGCACGCUGGAGGCACUAAACGGCCAAGGUAUCGACGAAGAUGGCACACUGGUACCAGUCACGACCAACACCAAGCGCGAGCUCGAUACCGUCAACUACGCACCACGUAGCUUCGUCAAAGACAUGCUUCCUUGGAAAGGCCAUGCGCACUGGUCCGAGGCAAUCGAUUGCUGGAAGCAGAUGUUCCAAAUUAUUUGGUUCCCCAACAUCCUUUGGUUGAUUUUGAUCAACUCUGCGGCUUUGGGCAUCUACGUACUCAUGUCAGCGCUGUUCGCCGGUGUCCUCGUCCAGCCGCCUUAUCUCUGGAACUUUGACAUGCUCGGAUACGUCUUUGCAGGACAAGUUGCCACCGCAGUUGCAGUCCCGUUCUUUUGCGGUUAUUUGAGCGACCUGAUUGUUAAGACGAUGAGUAAGAAGAAUGAUGGUGUCAGCCAGCCCGAAUACCGUCUUCUCGCUUUGAUCAUUCCAUUGGUCUCCAUCCUCAUCUCGACAAUCAUCUACGGCAUGACUGCUCAGAACCCCACAAACUGGAGCUGGGCCGGUAUCGCAGUGACGCUCAAUGUCGAAUACUUUGGCUUCGUUGGCAUUGUCGUAUCAAGUUUCGUUUACUGCAUGGAUGCUUACCCCCAACGCAUCGAUGCCGCUCUUGUUCUCAUAUGCUCACUAAGAGGUUUCAUCGGCUUCGGCAUUUCUUUCGGGUCGAUUGCUUUUGUGGAGAAGGCUGGAUAUGAGGGUGCGUUCAACAUUUGUGCAGGCAUUGUUGCAGCACUGAUGGCUUUGGGUAUCUUUGUGUAUCUUUUUGGUGAGAAGAUUCGUAAAAUGACGCAGAAAUGUGCUCAAGAUGAGUAA